AUGAACCAGCCCAGUGAGGACCCAUGUGACAUCAUGGCAUUCCCUCCCAAGCUGAUGGCAGAGCAGCUGACUCUGAUGGAUGUGGAGCGGUUUAGCGAGGUGGUGCCCUAUGACUGCCUGGGCUCCAUCUGGUCCCAAUGCAACGAGAAGGGAAAGGAGCACCUGGCACCCACCACUCAUGUCACCAUCACCCAAUUUAAUAAUGUGGCCAAUUGCAUCAUCAUCACCUGUCUCAUGGGCCACAGCAUGAAGGCCCAGGACAGAGCCAGGGUGGUGGAGCACUGGAUCAAGGUGGCCAGGGAAUGCUUGGUCCUCAGGAACUUCUCAGUCCAUGCCAUGCUCUCUGCUCUGCAGAGCACCUCGAUCCAUCAAAUGAAAAGGACAUGGAGGGAAGUUUCCAGGGAUGAUGAGCCUGUUGUGCAGGCCUCACAGAGUGGCGAUGAGGUUAAUGAGGUUCACGGAGUGUUCAGGGUGCUGAGAACAAUGAUGAGGACAGUAAUAGGAGUUCUCAGGGGAUCCUCUCCAGAUGCGGAAACAAGGAGGGGAGGCCAGGGUGCACGCCCAAGACCACGCUGGAGAGUGUCACGGCUGGCUUCGAAUCGAGAACCAGAGCCGCUGGAGGUGGUGGCACUACACCAGCUGAUGGAUCAGAUUUCCAGAGUUCAGGGUCAGGGGCAGGGGUGUAACUGGGUGGGGACCAUCAAAUUGGCCACCCUGGAGAUGAACCAUCAGAGAGUCCAGAUGAGGCAGCGGCAGCAGAAAAAACUACAAGCUCUCCUGCCAGCUGGAGCCCCCCUCCCACUAGGCCGGCGACACCCUCAAGGCGAAGAAGAGCAGGCCCAAGGAAGCCAGGCAGCCGCAACUGCGUUCCCAGCUCCACCUCUGACCAGCCCU